AAUGACGCGAGGAACGUGUUCGCCAUAAUGAUAAUAAACCGUGAACACAAAGCUAAAAUAAAGCACAUUAAACGUUGGCUGUGAGGCUGCGAACGAUACAUUACAUCACCUCGGAGUUGUCAAGUUUGGACUGGUAUCAGUGGAUAUAAUACCUGCUAAACCUGGUUAAAAAGAAGAAGAACUAAGCGGGACAACGAGGCUGUGCUAUGGCGUCUGCCAGCGUGGACUCCAAGGCAGAGCUGACAGCUCUACUGGAACAAUGGGAGAGAGAGCAACAAGGCAGCACACAGGAGCUGGUUAACAUCCUAACCAAAAUCUCAGAGCUUGUUGAAAAAGAGACAGAAGAGUACCACAAAGCAGAUCCAGACCCUUUUGACGAUCGGCAUCCUGGGAGAGCUGAUCCAGAGUGCAUGUUAGGGCAUCUGCUGAAGAUCCUGUUUAAAAAUGACGACUUUAUGAACACACUGGUGAAUAGCUAUGUGAUGACAAGCAGGGAAUUUUCUCUCAAUGCAGCAGCUUGUCGCCUGCUUCAAAACAUCAUGCCUGGACUGGAGACAGCUGUGGUCUUUCAGGAGAAGGAGGGCAUAGUUGAAAGGCUUUUCAAAUGGGCUCAGGAGGCUGAGCAGCCCCUCAGAAUCUACGCCACUGGGUUGUUGGCCGGAGCCAUGGAGAACCAGGACAUUGCAGCCAACUACAGGGAGGAGAACUCUGUUUUGGUGCCUUUGAUGCUGCAUCGGUUGCGUGAGCUUCAGGAUAAAGAUGCUGAGAACAAAAGGGAAAUCAAACGGCCGAGCCCCAGGAAGAGUCUGGGUGAGCCUUUGCUGCCUCUGGAUGAGGAGACUGUUGAUGGAGGCUUUGAAGACAAGCCCUUUGCACUGGGAAGAAACGGAGCAGAGAGGGAAGGAGCAGGGCCAGAGGAGGACGGCAAUUUACCCCUCUCAAGCAUUGAACCUGAAAACGAGCUUUCGUUCUGUCUCAACUCCCCCCAUAAGACCAGCAGUCGUGCCAACUCUGCUGUCAAAACAAUGAUGAAGCCCAUGUCUGCCCCCAGUUCACUGGCUCACCAAGGUGAUGGCAGCAGCUACCUGAGAAGGAGGGCAGAGAGGGACAUGGGAAGGAUCUCCAAACAGAAGCUGAAUUUUUCUUUACCAGAGCCAGAGAGGAACUUUAGUGAACUUUCAAAUAGCAGCUGGUCUGAGAUGAGUCCCUGGGUAAUCGGCAACAACUAUCAUCUGUACCCUUUAACCCCUGAGAUCGAGCAGAGGCUUAUCCUGCAGUAUCUCACCCCUCUGGGAGAGUAUCAGGAGCUACUGGCAGUGUUCAUGCAGAUGGGAGCUCGUGAGCUUCUCAUGCAUUACAUGGAUCUAAAGCAGACCAAUGAUGUGCAGCUCACUUUUGAAGCUCUUAAGUACCUGGCUUCCCUGUUGCUGCACAAGAAGUUUGCUGCAGAGUUUGUGGCUCAUGGUGGAGUUCAGAAGUUGCUGGAAAUCCCCAGGCCAUCAAUGGCAGCUACCGGAGUGUCACUGUGCCUCUACUACCUUGCCUAUAAUCAGGAUGCCAUGGAGAGGGUGUGCAUGCUGCCCCACUCCAUCCUGUCUGAUGUUGUUGGUUAUACGCUGUGGCUGCUGGAGUGCUCGCAUGCAUCCGGCUGCUGCCACGCCACCAUGUUCUUCUCCAUCUCUUUUUCAUUUCGUGCCGUUCUGGAGCUCUUCGACAAACAGGACGGGCUGCGACGCCUUGUCAAUCUGAUCAGCACACUGGAGAUCCUGAACCUAGAGGACCUGGGAGCGCUGCUGAGUGAUGAUGAGACUUUCUCCAGCAGGCAGACAGCCAAGCACACCUGCAUGGCCCUGCGUAGGUACUUUGAGGCCCAUCUGGCAAUCAAGGUGGAGCAGGUGAAGCAGUCCCUGCAGCGCACAGAGGGGGGCGCCCCCAUUCAUUCCCAACCCUACUACAAGGCAGUCAGCUAUAGCCGUGAGCAGGUGGUGGAAAUGAUGGAGUUUCUUAUUGAAUACGGCCCACUCCGACUGUACUGGGAACCAGCAGAGGUCUUUCACAAGUUGUCAUGUGUUCAGCUCCUCCUGCAGCUCAUUUCCAUCGCUUGUGACUGGAGGACUUACUACGGCAGGAGUGACACGGUGCGUUAUGCCCUUGAUAUCCUGAGUAUCCUUACGGUUGUUCCUAAGACCCAGCUGUUGUUGUCUGAGGCUGUCGCCGUCCUCGAUGAGGGAGGAUCCAAUGUUUCUACUGUCGGAAUGAGUAUUGUCCUGGCGGUAGCAGAAGGAGAGGUCUUUGUAAACGAUGCCGAGAUUCAGAAGUCUGCUCUGCAGGUUGUCAUCAACUGCGUUUGCGCUCCAGACAAACGCAUGUCCAGCAUUGGCAAGUUCAUGGCGGGAACCCCCCGCCGCCGCCUGCCUCAGCAGACCAAAGCCAGCGAGAGCGUCCUCACUAAGAUGUGGAAUGUGGUCCAGUCCAACAACGGCAUCAAGGUGCUGCUGUCCCUGCUGACGGUGAAGAUGCCCAUUACAGAUGCAGAUCAGAUCCGAGCUCUGGCCUGUAAAGCUCUGGUGGGUCUGUCUCGCUCCAGCACUGUCAGACAGAUCAUCAGUAAGCUGCCUUUGUUCAGCAGCGGACACAUCCAGCAGCUCAUGAAGGAGCCUGUGCUCCAGGACAAACGCAGCGAACACGUCAAGUUCUGUAAGUUUGCUGCCGAGCUAAUAGAAAGGAUCUCUGGGAAACCACUGCUGAUUGGGACGGACGUGUCUCUGGCGUGGCUGCAGAGAGCCAGCGUGGUCGCUCAGUCCAGGAUCAGCUUCCCUGAGAAAGAGCUGCUGCUUCUCAUUAGGAACCACCUUGUUGCAAAAGGCCUUCAUGACACGGCGACAACACUCACCAAAGAGGCAGACCUGCCGAUGUCCUGUCUAUCUCAUUCUUCACAUUCAGCUACUACCUUCCCUCCUGUCGCUCCUCCACCUCCUGCAUCCCCCGUAACCACUCUCCCCCGCACCCCACGGCUGGCAAACGGUGUUGGCUCGAGACUUGGGAACCAUCCCUCUCAUUCAUCUACUGCAGGAUCCAGCAACCCACAGACUCGCCCUUGUACAUCACAACCCACUAUGUGCUCUUCUGCAGCUUCUUUCCCCUCAACGUCAAUCCCCCACUGCAGCAAUGGCUCCCCCCUCAUUGGACGAAUAGUUUUCUCUCGUGAACGGCAAACAGGGUGCAGUAAUGUAAGCUGUAAGAAGCCUCGUGUGUUGAGGCAGAAGUCUGACCAUGGGGCCUUCAGUCAAAGUCCAGCCAUGAAGAAGCAGUUUGACAGACACCUGCCCUCCCCCCCUGCAUUAGACAGCAUCAUCACAGAAUACCUGAGGGAACAGCACGCACGCUGUAAAAACCCUGUGGCAACAUGCCCGCCUUUCUCUCUCUUCACCCCUCAUCAGUGCCCAGAGCCCAAACAGAGACGCCAGGCACCCAUCAACUUCACAUCCCGACACACACGGAGGGUCAUUUAUCCCAAAUACGGAGGCGUGGAUGGAGGCUGCUUUGACAGACAUCUCAUUUUCAGCAGGUUUCGUCCUAUCUCAGUGUUCAGGGAGGCAGACGAAGAUGAGAGCGGAUUCAUGUGUUGUGCCUUCUCAGCUCGUGAGCGGUUUCUUAUGCUCGGGACGUGCACGGGGCAGCUCAAACUCUACAAUGUGUUUACAGGCCAGGAGGAAGCCAGCUACAGCUGUCACAGCUCAGCCAUCACCCACCUGGAGCCGUCACGGGAUGGCUCUCUGCUUUUAACAUCAGCCUCUUGGAGUUACCCUCUGUCUGCACUGUGGGGCAUGAAAUCAGUCUUCAUCAUGAAGCACUCUUUUCUAGGCGAUCAUUAUGUGGAGUUCAGUAAGCUGUCACAGGAUCAUGUGAUCGGUACUAAAGAGCAUGUGGCACGUAUUUAUGAUAUCCAGACGGGUCAGGUGACUCUAACUCUCAACAACCCAGACCUGGCAAACAACUACAAGAGGAACUGUGCCACCUUCAACCCCACAGAUGACCUGGUGCUGAAUGACGGCGUGCUGUGGGACGUUCGCACGGCUCAGGCCAUCCAUAAGUUUGACAAGUUCAACAUGAACAUCAGCGGUGUGUUCCACCCCAACGGCCUGGAGGUCAUCAUCAACACUGAGAUUUGGGAUCUGCGGACCUUCCACCUCCUCCACACAGUUCCUGCUCUGGACCAGUGCAGGAUAGUCUUCAACAACAAUGGCACUGUCAUCUAUGGAGCCAUGCUGCAGGCUGAUGAUGAAGAUGACAUGAUGGAGAUGCAGAUGAAAAGUCCAUUUGGUUCAUCCUUCAGGACCUUUAACGCCACAGACUACAAACCAAUUGCAACAAUUGAUGUCAAGAGGAACAUAUUUGAUCUUUGUACUGACACCAAAGACUGCUACCUCGCUGUAAUUGAGAACCAAGACUCUGUGAACACUGACACAGUGUGCAGGCUGUAUGAAGUUGGUCGUCAGAGGCUCGCAGAGGAAGAAGAGGAGGAUGAGGAGGAUCAGGAGGAUGACGAUCAGGAGGAAGAUGAUGAUGAUGACGAGGAUUCAGACGAUGACGUUGAUACAGAUCCCCUCAUCGCGGAGCUUGAGAAUGAAAACGGUGGAGAGGAUGAAGACGAUGAAGAGGAGGAUGAUGGAAAUGAUGAAUUCUCUCCUUCUGAUGAAGAGGUGGCGCGUCUUCUUGAAGAUGACGGUGACGUUGGGGAUGACGAUGACGAGGAGGACAAUGACGAGGAUGACUCUGAUAAUGAUGAUGUUGAUCUGGAUGGGGACAAUGACAGCUCCGACAACUCUGACCUUGAGGAUGACAUCAUAUUAUCCCUGAACGAGUGAGGAGCCAUCAGUGACAUGGAGCGAGCGAGAAACUGGGCAGCGUGUCAAGACUUGUGCCUCAUAGACAUUUGAGCUGCAGCACAGGAGGCUAGAAAGAAGAGGAUAAUAUCAGCAGAUAAGGUGGGAGAUAACUUGGAGCGCUGCCUGCUUGAAACAGUAGGUGUCUGCACUCUGAGUGACAGAACCAAUGAGGAACAGUUUCAAAGAGAUGAGGGGGAGGGGCACAAAUUGACUCAUUGAUAGGCAAAAUGAUUGUAUUUGAUAGUUUUUUUCUAAAACAGAAGUGGGCUUGAUGAUGAGCCAAGUGAAAGUGUUUUGAUCCUGCAGAGAAAGUUCUAUAUUUUAGCACAAAAACAGCUCUCUAAAUGAGUCUCUUCAUUUGAUAUUGAUUCACUCACUUUAUAAGCCUCUGUUUGGUCACAGAUUAGUGUUUGUAGGAGGAAAGGCUUACAUUUGCAGGGUUGCUCAUCUGCAUUUGUUUGGCAAAGGAUACAGUGCUCUCUAAAGCUCAUAUUUUGCCUCCAAUAAUCGCCAAAAAGUACUCAAGUAUUGAAUUAGGCAGCUAAUGUGAUGCACAGACAUGGUUCAGAUGGUUCAACAUGUGUCAAACCCACUUAAUGAUCCUUGAUCAUCAACCAAUGACCAAAAUGCCACACACAGCAGUGCCAUUUGUUAACGUCACCUCCAGAUCUCAUUGUGUAAAUAGGGAAAUCAAAUCAGCUCUGUGCUGAUUUUGAAGAUAACUCAUGUGGACAGUGUAACUGUUGACUCACCUGCUCAGUAUCAGCACAUGAUGGACAUUUAUAGGCUUCUAGGAUUUCUACCAGUGAGUUAUUUUACACCCAUUUAUUCAGUCAAGCAAGGAGUUUUGUGGAUGUUUCUUCAGAUGAUUACAGUCCAAUGGUACAGUUAAUUUAAGUUAAUUUAAUGGUUAAAAAAACGAAGUGACUUUGGAUCAAGGUGGAGAAAAUAAAAACCUCAUUCUUUGGAAAAAAAGACCUACCUGAAUUUUAAGAGGGAGCUAGGAAGCAUUAAAAAGUUGUAAAAUUCAUCAAAAUGGUUUCAUUUCAAAUGAUUUUUUUCCUCUGACCAGAGGCUUCAAUCUCUUUGACAAAAACAUUGUGAAAUUAAAUGCCUUGUAGUUGCACUCUUUUUGAAAGUAGUGCAAACACUUAAUGUUUUUUGCCUUGCAUCUGUUCAGAUUUCUUUACCAUAAGGAGACAUUUAUGUUGACAUUUUGAGACAGUUUAUGUACAGCUUGUAUGUAUCUAAAGUAUUUUUACUAAAAAUAAAGCUACAAAAUCUG